UGCUGAAGAGCAUAACAAAACUGCAGCAAAUCUGUAGCCGGCUACUCACCAUUUAUUAUAAGUUAUGGCACCAGCAGGCAAGAAUGCAUUGACUUUUCAUUAACACUGAAGCUCUCUCUCCUCUGGAAUCACUGUGGUGUUCCGUUUUAACACCAAAAACGCCGAAGAAGUUCAUUAUAAUUCACCCUUGAGGACCUGUCCAAUGUCUUCUGGUUGUCCACCUCAGUCACCUGCUGUGGCAAAGUCUGAAGUAGCGGUAGAGGGAGAAUGCCCGCUCCUGGCUGCCACCUUUGCCUACUGGGACAACAUUCUGGGUCCCCGGGUGCGCCACAUCUGGGUACCAAAGGGUGACCAGUUGAUGUUCCUCAGCGAUGGAGAAGUAACAUUUUUGGCUAAUCACACGCUCAAUGGGGAGAUUCUGCGUAGUGCAGAGUGCGGCGCCGUGGAUGUGAAGUUUUUUGUACUGGCAGAAAAAGGCGUCAUCAUUGUGUCUCUCAUCUUUGAUGGCGAGCUCAAAGGGGACAAGAAUACAUGUGCCUUGUCCAUUAUUUUGCCUCAGACAGAGCUGGCCUUCUACCUGCCCCUGCACACCAUCUGCGUGGAAAGGCUGAAGCACGUUAUCCGCAAGGGACGCAUUUGGAUGCAGAAGGGCUACAAUAUCAUCUCAGUGCUGAGCUUAGAGAUUGUCCCCAUCAUGGAGCUGUUGGCCUCUAUGAAGACGCACAGUGUACCAGAAGAUAUUGAUAUAAAAGACACGGUGCUAAAUGAUGAUGACAUCGGGGACAGCUGCCGCGACGAUUUCCUACACAAGGCCAUCAGCUCUCAUCUGCAGACGUGCGGCUGUUCAAUAGUGGUUGGAAGCAACCCGGAGAAAAUAAACAAGAUUGUGCGGACUCUCUGCCUCUUUCUCACGCCGGCCGAGAGGAAGUGCUCUCGCCUCUGCAGGACUGACUCCUCCUUCAAAUAUGACACUGGCCUGUUUGUUCAGGGUCUGCUCAAGGACUCGACCGGCAGCUUUGUUUUGCCCUUCCGCCAGGUGCUCUACUCGCCCUACCCAACUACGCACAUUGACGUCGACAUAAACACAGUGAAACAGAUGCCGCCAUGCCACGAGCACACGUACAACCAGCGGCGCUACAUGCGGUCUGAGCUAAGCGCACUCUGGAAGACGGAUAGCGAGGAGGACAUACCUCCAGAUACAAUCAUCCACACUGACGAAACCUUCACACCUGACCUGAAUAUUUUUCAAGACGUCAUGCAUCAAGACACUUUGGUCAAGUCAUUUAUAAAUGAGGUGUUCAUGCUGAAGCCGGGCCUGUCCCUGCGGAGCACCUAUCUGGCCCAGUUUCUGCUGCUGCUCCACAGGAAGGCCCUCACUCUGCUCAAGUACAUCGAGGACGAAACGCAAAAAGGGAAGAAGCCGUUUCGAUCUUUACGCAACUUAAAGGCGGACCUGGAUCUGAAGGCGGAAGGAGACCUGAACAUCGUGAUGGCGUUGGCUGAGAAGCUGAGAGCCGGACUGCACUCGUUCGUGUUCGGGAAGCCAUUCUACACCAGCAUGCAGGAGCGAGAUGUACUCACGAGCUUUUAACUUUCACUCGCAAUUUGUGUUGUUUUAGGUUCGUUUCAUUGUUACACGAAAGCGCGUGUGUUGAUGCGAGGCUACCAUCGUGCUGUGUCUGCUCCUGCUUUGCUGAAAGGAGAAUCACUUCUCACCUAACUUUUGUGUCUUUAUUGACUGACUGUUACUGCUGCUGUUAUGAGCCAUCACAAUUAAAGUUUUGAUAUAUUGCCAUGAUCAACUGUAUAUUAUCAGUAUGUUUUCAGUAGACAUGAUUCUCUGAGGGAUAAAGUAUUCAUGUUUUCUCAUCCUUCUCUUAAUAGAGGAUCUGCAUUAAUUUAUUGUUAGAAUUGGCUGAGGUGUCCACCGGGAUGUUUGCAAUUUAAUUUAAAAUUAUAUUUAUUAAAACACGAGUUAUUAGUUUCUUCACUGCCUGUAUCGUGCAGCAACCUCAGCUGGCCUUUGAACCUCUUACACGUGUGGCUUGCCUUUUUUUUUUUAAUCAUCUUUGUUCAAUUAAUGCUAAAUGUGAAUGAUGUCGAUUGCUUGACGUUACAGGAAGGUUGUGAGUAAUCAAGGUGCCCAUAUUUCAUUAUGGAAAAAGACAAAAGCAUUGUAAAUGACAUCUUCUCACAAUCCCUGCUGAAAAAGUCGAUGUGUGUGUUCAGGUGCCUUCGCUGGAUGCAUUUCCCAGUUGUAUGUAAAAUUGAUUUUCCCCCUCUUACAGUAACAGCCUGGUUAUUGGAUUGUUGGAAAUGCUCGGCUUUAGUGCAACCCUGAAUUUACUGUGGUCUUAAAGUCUUGUUUAUGUGUAAUAUGCUGACUUAAUAAUGUUGUGCUAUAUUACAUUUUUAUAUUUUUAAUCUAGAACUUUCUUUCUACUUGCAGAUUGGAUUUUUUUUUUUGUCUAAUUGUACAUUAACUUGUU